GCUUCUGCCCUGGAGCGCGGUCGGGAGUAAAAUCGCAGGAGUGGGAGGGUAGCGAGCCAGCGGGAUUGCGAGCCGCGGAGCGCGCUGGCCUCGCUCCGCCUGAUGACUCCGGAGCGCGGGUCCAAGCGCCGCCCAUGCAGCACCCCUGAGCUCCGGGGAAGGAGCGUUAAUGAAAAAACACUUAACCGUCUCCGCUGCGGAGAGUCAUGAGCUGUCUGGAUGUUAUGUACCAAGUCUAUGGUCCUCCGCAGCCCUACUUCGCAGCCGCCUACACCCCCUACCACCAGAAACUAGCCUAUUACUCCAAAAUGCAGGAAGCCCAGGAGUGCAAUGCCAGCCCCAGCAGCAGUGGCAGCGGCAGCUCCUCAUUUUCCAGCCAAACCCCAGCCAGUAUAAAAGAGGAAGAAGGCAGCCCAGAGAAAGAGCGCCCACCAGAGGCAGAGUACAUCAACUCUCGCUGCGUACUCUUCACUUAUUUCCAGGGGGACAUCAGCUCCGUGGUGGAUGAACAUUUCAGCAGGGCCCUGAGCCAACCCAGCAGCUACUCUCCCAGCUGUACCAGCAGCAAAGCACCAAGGAGCUCUGGGCCCUGGCGAGACUGCUCCUUCCCGAUGAGCCAGCGCAGCUUCCCCGCCUCCUUCUGGAACAGCGCGUACCAGGCGCCGGUGCCCCCGCCGCUGGGCAGCCCUCUGGCCACCGCGCACUCGGAGCUGCCCUUCGCCGCCGCCGACCCCUACUCGCCCGCCGCGCUGCAUGGCCACCUGCACCAGGGCGCCACCGAGCCCUGGCACCACGCGCACCCGCACCACGCGCAUCCGCAUCACCCCUACGCCCUGGGCGGCGCCCUUGGCGCCCAGGCCGCCCCCUACCCGCGCCCCGCCGCCGUGCACGAAGUCUAUGCGCCGCACUUCGACCCGCGCUACGGGCCGCUGCUGAUGCCAGCCGCCUCGGGGCGCCCGGCCCGCCUUGCACCCGCCCCGGCGCCCGCGCCCGGCAGUCCUCCCUGCGAGCUCUCCGGCAAGGGCGAGCCGGCGGGCGCCGCGUGGGCCGGGCCCGGGGGACCCUUCGCGAGCCCCUCGGGGGACGUGGCCCAGGGUCUGGGCCUCAGCGUGGACUCAGCUCGUCGUUAUUCCCUCUGUGGUGCAUCCCUCCUGAGCUGAUCUGCUGACCCAGGGUUUCCCCUUCCCCUUCCCUUCUGACCAGCCUUGGAGGCUCGGCAUCUGUGCCUCUCACUCCGUGGAUGAGGACAUGGGGAAAGGCAGAGACUUCAGACUUCUCAGUGUAUUGGGAAAACCAAAAACCACAACUACAGAAAUUCAUCUAAAAAUAAGUCCUGCUGCUGAAAGAGCAAAUCCAAAGACUGAGUUAUGUUUAAUGACUUUUGGCCGAAUCACUGGAAAUAUCUGUGGUGAGAUUGCUGAGUCAGGUGAUAUGAUAUCAUAAGCUUUCUUGGAACGGGGGAAAGAAAAUGAAACUUUUUGGUGUGAAUAUUUUUUAUGCUGAUGUGAAUUAUUUUAUUAGGUAGUGUGAUUAUAGCACUACUACUGUCAGAUUUUAAAUUGUAUGUGUACUUGCAUCUAAGACUGUGGUAGAGAAGUAAAGAGAAGUCAAUUCCUUCUUCCUCACCUCUCAGCCUCCAGAUCCCUUCCUGCCCAUCCCUUCCCUACAAUGCCCACUCCAGACGCAAAGAUACACUUUUUUCCUUUGGACUGUGAACAUGGAAGCCUCAGCCUGAAUGUGAGUGGCAAGUGGCUUAUCUGGAGCCACCUGCCCAAGUCUUACUAAAAUGCAGCUGUUGUUAGACAACUGUUUAAAACUCCAGAAAUACAUCACCCAAGGUGGCACUUCUCAGUAUUUGGCAGAACAAUUGCAAUUGCACUGGAUAUAUUAUAUAUAUAUGUAUGCAUAUAUAUCAUAUUUUUUACAAGGAACAUUUUACAAUGAAAGAAGAAACCCUUCUCUGCCUUCUCUCCCACGAAUUCUGUCCCUGUAUCCUCUGGAUAUAAAAAGCAAGGAGAGAUCCCAACUGUCUCCAUGGAGAAGAACUAGGAAUCACCACAAGGGGAAGAAAUGUACACGAAGUCUCCAUUACCUCGAAUUUUUUUCUCAGUCUGUCUGGUUGUGAUCUGGUCACUUUAGUGUUGGGACAGGGGAAAGGGUCUGUGCAUGGGCAAAGCUGAAGGUGAUAAGGAAGAAGAGACGAACAUUAAAGAUGUCUAUUUACUAUGA